GUACACAGAUGUACGCUUUCUUCAAGUUAUCUUUGAAAUACUCAUGUCUCAGUGUUUGUUGACAAAUUUGCCGGUGAAGUAAUGUGACAGUGUAGUUCUGUGUGAGAACUGCGUUGUUGACGCUCACAGUGUUGCAGACUAUUGUUAUUAACUCGUGUAGAAUUUUUAGUCAUGGCAUUUAGUAACAAUUAUGGAUGUUGAAACAUGUUUGUUAAUACAGUGCAGUUAUUAAGUAGAGCAGGAAGACUCUCGCUUGCGAACUAUGUGGUGAGAUUAUAUCUUCACUAUCUGUAGGAUCAUGCAUUUUCGCCCGUUUCGUAGUGUGACAUGACAUAUAUGUGUAUUCUCUGCGAACUAUUUUACAAUUCUAGAUUCAAGGGACAUUACUUCAACGAUUAGGGUGUUGUUCACAAUAUACGAUCAUCAAAUCAUCAGCAAGCACUAUGGCUGGAGAAAGAUCGGAAACAUUUAAAAUAGACACUCCAGAAUUUCAUGCUUUGUUCACGCCUGAAGUGGACGCAUUAUCUGCCCUUUUCAAGAAAUACGGUUAUGAACUGAGAAUAGCAGGUGGAGCAGUAAGGGACCUGCUGAUGAAAAUCAAUCCAAAGGAUCUUGACUUCGCCACUACUGCCACACCAGAUCAAAUGAAAGAAAUGUUUGAGACAGAGGGUGUGAGAAUGAUCAAUAUGAAAGGAGAAAAACAUGGAACAGUCACUCCACGAAUAAAUGACAAGGAAAAUUUUGAGGUAACUACAUUGCGUAUUGAUGUUCGAACAGAUGGGCGCCAUGCUGAUGUGGAGUUUACGACUGAUUGGAAAUUGGAUGCAAAUCGUAGAGAUCUUACUAUCAAUUCCAUGUUUCUUGGUCUCGAUGGAACUGUCUAUGAUUACUUUGAUGGAUAUAAUGAUCUACUGAAAAGAAGAGUUGUAUUUGUAGGUAACCCAAAUAUUCGCAUUCAGGAAGACUAUUUAAGAAUUCUUCGAUACUUCAGAUUUUACGGCCGAAUUGCAGAACAUCCAGAUAAACAUGAAGAAAAGACAAUUGAAGCAAUUAGAAAUAAUGCUGAAGGCUUAGCACGCAUUUCAGGAGAGAGGAUUUGGAGUGAACUUCACAAAAUACUUGAAGGGAACUAUGGAGGCGAUUUAAUGCUGAAAAUCUUAAGCCUUGGUGUUGGACCAUAUAUUGGUUUACCCAGUGAUCCAAACAUUGAAGAACUUCAAGCAGUAUGGAAGAGACGUGAAAGUGAGGGGUUUAAAGCAAUGACUUUACUAACAUCACUGCUUAGAAGCCAAGAACAGGUUAUGAAUUUCCACGGACGUGUGAAACUGUCAGCAUAUGACCGUGAUUUGGGUCUAUUCAUUGUAGAAAAUCGAGAAGACAAAAUAUCAGUAAAUCCAUUGAGGCCAUACCAGGCAUUGGUCAUUAACUCAAAAUAUAAAGCUCCUGACUGCAGAGAUUAUGUAAGAGAAGUUCUCAAAUAUAGAGGUGACCAUCAGCUACUGGCUGAAUUUGACAGUUGGGAACUCCCAAGAUUUCCAUUAAAUGGCAACAUGUUAAGGGAGAAAGGUGUUCCAGGAGGAAAGAUUACUGGGCUGGUAAUGAAACAGCUGAAAGAAAUAUGGAUUGAAAGUGAUUUCAACAUGUCUCCAGAAGAUUUACUGGCUCAGAUACCAGCUAUUACCAAUACACUAGGAAUUGGCAUAAAAAGAUAAAAUGAGCAGUAAUAAAGAUACUUAUUCCGA